CAUUCAAGUACAAGGAAAUUCUAACCAGGAAGCUGUUUGUUUUGAGAGAAAAUGACAAAAUGGAAACAUGUUAUUAAAUGGUUCCUUAAAUCUUUGAUUCUGCAUUAUGGUUGUUCAGCAUACAACAUAAACAGUGAAGUGUGCCUUGAAAAAUUGCUACAUUUUGCCUUGGGAGAUGAAGGAUGCAAGUUUACGUUGACAGAUGCUAAAAAGUGGCUAGAAGCAGCAGACUCAAGUUUUUGUCCUAAAAAAUGUCGCGUAAAAAUCAACAACUUAGAAGAAUCACAAGGGAUAUUCAAAACCAAGUAUCGUUUGAAAUUUAUAGAUCUAAGCAUCAAUGAAUUGAUCGAGGAUAUAAUGACAAUCGAAAGGAAAUGCAGUUUGUUAGAUUCAUUAAAAGAUGAGAGGACAAUGGAAAUUAAUUGCAAAACAAAUUUAGAAAAGUUAAACAGCUCAAAAAGUUUGUGUUCAUCAAACCAGAACUGUACAGAAGAAUCCAAGAAAUGUUCAUUGACGGGGAAUAUCGGCAUCUGUAAAUGCAGGCCUGGGUAUAUAGGACUCGAAAAUAAAUGUUUAAAGGGAAAUUUGAAAUUGAACGACACAUGCCAGCGAAAUGAGCAGUGUUCAAUGGUAUCAGGCUUGAUUUGUCAGAAUGAUACAUGCGUUCGUCGGCGUGGAUAUGUUCCACUGAAUGAUUCAGAAUGUUUUCCAUCGACAUCGGGCGGUAUCUUUCAAAAAAAUUUCAAGGAACAGGAAAAAGAUGUUGCAGUCAGUGUGAUAGUUGUGUCUGUUCUUGGGGGCCUUAUCCUAGGCAUUGUCCUAACUGUUGUAAUUGGAAACAUGUAUCAUCAUCUUCGAUAUGGAAAAUUUAAAACUAAAGAAUACUCAAGGACCGCAGUUUUUAAUAAUGCUACUUAUGAGACUGAAACUGGUGUACUUCAAAACAAUCCUACCGAGCAUCUUUCAAAUGAAAGACAAAUUUUGAAUGUACCACCUUUUGCUCAUUCUGAUGAAUCACAGAAGAAUAGAAACGUUCAAGAAGAUAUAAAAAGCUCGAUUAUGGAAAAUAAUGACGUAAAUAAUGACGUUUACAAUCAUCUUAAUGAAAAGGAAGAGGAAAAUCCUGAUGUUGAUGAAACUUAUGACCACGCACAUGGAACCAUAAAUCUUACAAUGGAGGAGAGUGACUACAGUAAUCUCAAUACAGGGAGACGACACAUGGCAUCUGAUGUUUCUGUAUCUGAAGAUAAUGAUUAUAACGUCAAACAAUCAGCUAGUGAUUAUUUUUCACUUACAAAUAAGUAAAGAAUUUUUUUUUUAGAAAGGUCACCGUUGCACUUAGUGUAUAUCUAUUUUAUUUAUGGUGUUUCUUGCCUUUCAAGCUUUAGAAACCUUAUUAAAAAUUAAGAAGACAGAAUAAUAUUCAACUGCCUUCCAGCACUAAAUAUGAUGAGUUAUGACAUGAUUACUUUUAUUUCACUUUCUUAUUUUUUUUAAAAAUAAACAAUCAAUGUCUACAUUGUAUGUGAAAUAUUUCUAUUUAAUUUCUUUCUUUUACUGCGAAGAAUAACAAAUCGGCUUAAUAUCAAGUUAAAAGUGAGUUUAAAUCAGACAUAGAAACCCUCCAGAAGAAUUCAUUGACUUCUGCUUAUUAGAACUAUUAUUUUUAU